CACUGGUCCGACCAGGUUAGCGCCUGCCGGGACCGGACCCGGAUCCCUCGCGUCUCGUAGGCGGCGGCGUUGCCGCCGCGCCACCCAGCUCUCCCUCUGCUUGCCAGCAGCGACGGCCAAGGAAGUACUAUGAGGGAGACUGAGGACUUCAUGCUCUGGAUAGAGAAACGGCGCUGGGAUUAGGGAUUGCCACUUCUGGGAGGAUGCUGGGAAUCUGCAGAGGGAGACGGAAAUUCCUGGCUGCCUCUCUGACUCUUCUCUGCAUCCCAGCCAUCACCUGGAUUUACUUGUUUGCUGGGAGCUUCGAAGAUGGGAAGCCAGUGUCCCUGUCUCCGCUCGAGUCCCAGCCGCACAGUCCCAGGUACACGGCCUCCAGCCAGAGGGAGCGGGAGAGCCUGGAGGUGCGCAUGCGCGAGGUGGAGGAGGAGAACCGCGCCCUCCGGCGGCAGCUCAGCCUGGCGCAGGGCCGGGCCCCAGCGCACCGCCGCGGCAACCACUCCAAGACCUACUCCAUGGAGGAGGGUACGGGGGACAGCGAGAACCUUCGGGCCGGCAUCGUGGCGGGCAACAGCUCUGAGUGCGGGCAGCAGCCGGUCGUGGAGAAGUGUGAGACAAUCCACGUUGCUAUCGUCUGCGCUGGAUACAACGCCAGCCGGGAUGUUGUCACCUUGGUCAAGUCUGUCUUGUUUCAUAGGCGGAACCCCCUUCACUUCCACCUCAUCGCUGACACCAUCGCCGAGCAGAUCCUGGCCACGCUCUUCCAGACCUGGAUGGUGCCUGCCGUGCGCGUGGACUUCUACAAUGCGGACGAGCUCAAGUCUGAGGUUUCCUGGAUCCCCAACAAACAUUACUCUGGGAUUUAUGGUCUGAUGAAGCUCGUCCUGACCAAGACUCUUCCUGCCAAUCUGGAGCGGGUCAUUGUCCUCGACACCGACAUCACCUUUGCUACUGACAUCGCAGAGCUGUGGGCUGUGUUUCACAAGUUCAGAGGUCAGCAGGUCCUGGGCUUGGUAGAGAACCAGAGUGACUGGUACCUUGGAAACCUGUGGAAGAAUCACCGCCCGUGGCCUGCCCUUGGAAGGGGCUAUAACACAGGGGUGAUCCUGCUGCUUCUGGAUAAGCUGCGGAAGAUGAAAUGGGAGCAGAUGUGGAGGCUGACUGCAGAGAGGGAGCUGAUGGGCAUGCUUUCAACAUCCUUAGCUGACCAGGAUAUAUUCAAUGCUGUCAUCAAACAAAACCCCUUCCUUGUGUAUCAGCUCCCAUGCUUCUGGAACGUGCAGCUGUCGGACCACACCCGCUCUGAGCAGUGCUACAGAGACGUGUCUGAUCUGAAGGUCAUUCACUGGAACUCCCCCAAGAAGCUUCGGGUGAAGAACAAGCACGUAGAGUUCUUCCGCAAUCUCUACCUGACCUUCCUGGAGUACGACGGGAACCUCCUGAGGCGGGAACUGUUCGGCUGCCCCAGCGAAGCUGAUGUCAACAGUGAAAAUCUCCAGAAGCAGCUCUCGGAGCUGGAUGAGGAUGACCUGUGUUAUGAGUUCCGGCGAGAACGUUUCACCGUCCAUCGUACCCAUCUCUACUUCUUGCACUAUGAGUAUGAGCCUGCUGCAGACAACACAGACGUCACGCUGGUCGCUCAGCUCUCCAUGGACAGGCUCCAGAUGCUGGAGGCCAUCUGCAAGCACUGGGAGGGGCCCAUCAGCCUGGCCCUCUACCUGUCCGACGCCGAGGCCCAGCAGUUCCUCCGCUACGCCCAGGGCUCCGAGGUGCUCAUGAGCCGCCACAACGUGGGCUACCACAUCGUGUACAAGGAGGGCCAGUUCUACCCCGUGAACCUGCUGCGCAACGUGGCCAUGAAACACAUCAGCACCCCCUACAUGUUUCUGUCUGACAUCGACUUCCUGCCCAUGUACGGGCUCUAUGAGUACCUCAGGAAGUCUGUCAUCCAGCUCGACCUCGCCAACACCAAGAAGGCCAUGAUCGUCCCUGCGUUUGAGACGCUGCGCUACCGGCUGUCUUUCCCCAAGUCGAAAGCGGAGUUGCUGUCGAUGCUGGACAUGGGAACGCUCUUCACAUUCAGGUACCACGUCUGGACGAAAGGGCACGCACCCACAAAUUUCGCCAAGUGGCGGACAGCCACCACGCCUUACCGGGUGGAGUGGGAGGCCGAUUUCGAGCCCUAUGUUGUCGUGAGACGGGACUGCCCCGAGUACGACCGGAGGUUUGUGGGCUUUGGCUGGAACAAGGUGGCUCAUAUCAUGGAACUGGAUGCACAGGAGUACGAAUUCAUCGUGCUGCCCAAUGCCUACAUGAUCCACAUGCCUCACGCCCCCAGCUUCGACAUCACUAAGUUCCGUUCCAACAAGCAAUACCGUAUCUGUCUCAAAACCCUGAAGGAAGAGUUCCAGCAGGACAUGUCUCGCCGCUAUGGCUUCGCUGCCCUGAAAUAUCUCACGGCUGAAAACAACAGCUAGCACCAAGAAGCCCACACCCAGAGAAAGACUUACAGCAGGGGAAGAGCCACUCGCUGAUGGGGGCCCAGCCUUCAAACUCAGCACUGAGCAAUGCGUUUUUCGUUUGUUUUUAUUUGUCUCUUUGGCCCAAAAGAACUGCCCCCACCUCAGAGAUCUGGGACAAGAUUCCAGCCAGCCCCUCUCUGCCCCAGGACCCAGCAUUUCCAGAAUGUAGAAACACAGCCCACCUAUACAGGCUCUUCUAUAAUGGACCCAGCAAGGGGAGAGAGGGUAAAAGCCACAAAACCAAGGCAGGUCUUUAGGAUAUUCUUGUUGCUUUUUAAUAAUUCUGCUUCCCAUCAUAGCCGGGGAGAAAGGGAAGCCAGGGUGCUGGGCGUUAACCAUCCCAGGAAAUAAAAGCAAAAAAACAAACAA